UCCAUGGACGUACAACUAGGCUACUGUACGUUUGACGUUACCGUAUUUCAGCACAUUCUCGUCGAUCAGAAUGAAACGCGAAUGAUGAACGCCAUGGUGGAGUUGGAACCAGUUGUUUGGAACUUUACGCUCAAAUUAGACAACGGCACGCGCGCUAAUGAGACAUCAGCAGGAUAUCCAGCCGAUGACCAUUAUAAUAUUGUUCACGUCACGGAAACCAAAAUCCUUCCAGCAUUUAUUGGAUUUCUGUGCUCCACCGGGCUUGUUGGAAAUGUUCUUGUUUUGGUCACUAUUUUAAGGUCAGCCAAAAAAACAGUACCAGAUGUAUAUAUGGGAAACUUGGCUGUGGCCGACCUGGUCCACGUGACCGUCAUGCCAUUCCUCAUUCACCAGUGGGCUCGUGGGGGGCACUGGGUGUUCGGCAGCACCCUCUGCACGAUCAUCACCUCUCUUGAUAAUUGCAACCAGGUGGCGUGCGCUGCAGUCAUGACCGCUAUGAGUCUUGACAGAUACCUGGCCCUUGUUCAUCCUUUUCGCCUGUUGAGUCUCAGGACCAGAUCCAGGACGAUCCGUAUUAACCUGUUUGUGUGGGCAGCCUCCUUCAUCAUGGUUCUGCCGGCCUGGAUUCACGCCAAAGUGAUCCGCUUCAGAGACGGGCUGGAGAGCUGUUCCCUUAACCUGGUCUCUCAUAAAGAGUUGCUCUGGUACACACUCUACCAGACUGUGACUUCCUUCUUCCUGCCAUUACCUCUGAUUCUCAUCUGCUACAUACUGAUUCUCUGCUACUCCUGGAGAAUGUAUCGCAAGAACAAAAAGGCUCACAGGUAUAACACCAGCCUGCCUCGGGAGCGUGUGGUCCGCCUCACUAAAAUGGUCCUGGUUCUGGUAGCGGUGUUCCUGGUCAGUGUUAUGCCGUACCACAUCUUGCAGCUGGUUAACCUGAGCGUACCUCGGCCCUCUUUAGCGUAUCACACCUGCUACUACAUGUCCGUGUGCCUGAGCUACGCCGCCAGCAGCAUAAACCCCUUCAUCUACAUUCUGCUGAGCGGACACUUCCGCCACAGGCUGGUCUGUCGGGAUACACCCAGCAUGCCCAGUGUGGAACGGGAGAUCCAGGCCCCCCGCUCCAGUUUUUAAGCUGAAUUCACACUGAAACACAAGUAGCACUAAACGGGUGAAACCUUUGUUGGUUUUACGGAAAGCAUGUCGGGGAAACAUUUCUAUUUGUCUUCUUUUCUUAAAUUUUAAUUGUUGGGACUGGAAGGAUUUUAUAUAGGAGGCAUGGGGUGUUUGAUAUGUGCAUGCUUGUCUUGCACCUUUUAUACACCUACAGUAUGUUGUAAAUGUGCUGUUAUUGUUUUUUUGUGUGUGUGGUGUCUUGGCUCCCUCCACUGUUUAGUUGUAGUAAUUCACUCUUCGGCUUAAAACCAUCCAUCCAAUCAGGCCUAUUAACCUUCAAACUGUCUUCAAAACUUAAAAAAAAUCUUUUUAUAGAUAGAUAUAAUAUAUCUUUUUUUAGAUAUGUUUUAAUUUUCCUUUUUUGUUGUUGUUAAGUUUCCUUAUAUUCUCAUUUGAAUUGUAAUUCUGCAGCUGAUACAGAGAAAAAUAUAUUCUGAAUUUUCGAUUAAAGGGGCAGUUUUGGCAUUUGCAGAUUGCAUUAAAUUGUGGUCCAAAGUCCUCACCUCAUCUGAAGAAAUAAAAAAAA